AUGUCUUGUCUUCCUGUCUUCAGAAGGCAUAAUCGUGAAGAAAUCGUCGAUGACAUACUACACGGCACACUCGUACUACUCGAGACCGCCGGGGACGGCUUAUCGUAUGCUCCAAUUCAAGGUUUAGACACCGCUGCGUCUGCGCUUUCCUCUAUAGUAAAGAUGAUCAUCAAAACUCGAGAUAAUGACCAGACGGCGGUGGAGUGUGCUGAGGCUGUGAACGAGCUCGCUGCGCUAAUCAAGGAGACAAUGCAGAAGACUGAUUCAGAAGUCAAGAGUGUUCAGAAGCUAGAUGAACUGAAAGACAAGGCAGGAAAAUUGAAAGAGCCGUCGCCUUUCCUCCGAUGUCUCCGCAGCGAGCAGAACGCAAAAAUAUUAGAUAGUAUCAAGGAAGGCAUCACGAAUGCACGUUCUAACUUUACUGUACAAGGGAUUGUGAUGGUUGAACUGUUGCAGAUCCAGAUGGUGGGAAAGAUCGAAGACGUAGGCGAAGCGGUACAGCGUAUGGAACAAGCUCAACGCUUUAGUCAGGAGGAAGAGCUGCUCGCUAGACGACUACCUCACCGCAAUGAGGCGGAAUAUCGUUCUGCCAUCAAUUCGACUAAGAACGGCUACUUACAGGGUACACGAGUCGAACUCCUUGGGGAUCUCGAGGCAUGGGCAAAGGCUGAGAACAAUGUCUCUCAUCCGCCCAUCUUUGUCCUUACCGGCGCAGCUGGAACUGGGAAGUCAACCGUUGCAUAUGAACUGGCCAGGCGACUCGAAGCCAACAGCAAUCUAGGGGCUUCGUUCUUCUUUGUACGAGGCGACGCGGAUUUAAGCACCACCAAAUUUGUCUUUCCAUCCAUUGCAUAUCAGCUUGCGCGAUCACACCCGACUCUGCGCUCCUUCAUUCUCGAUGCAUGCCGAGAGCACCUAGCUCAUGGCGAAACGCAAGACAUCGAUUUUCAGCUCAAUGAGCUGAUCAUUGAACCCCUCAAGAGGAUUUCAGCUGACCACGCUCCUAUCACCAUUAUCCUCGAUGCGCUCGACGAAUGCACGGAGCUAGCACUGGAACGAAUACCUCGGAUGUUAUACAUCCUCAUGCAACGCUCACGCAAUAUACCCUUUCCUCUGCGCAUUCUCAUCACUACCCGUCCGGAGCUCCAGUUUGAGGACGCAUUCAUGUCUGUGAAAUCUGAUGGUGUCACCAAAAUGCUGAGGCUGCAAGAUAUCCCCCGCGCCGUCGUUGAUCAUGACAUCAAGCUGUACCUCGACACCAAUCUCACACAUUUACGUGAAUUUGGCCAGGCACUCCCUGCGGCCGCUCAAUCCAAGUUCAUCGAUGAAUUGACGCGACGAGCAGAUGGACUCUUCAUCUACGCUACGACUGUGAUCCGCAUACUCAGAGGAGACCCGAAUCACCUGCUCGAGAACAUGGAUAGCCUAUUGGUUGACACCGCUGGCGCUGCGGAGGAUCAACCUGAUCUCAGUGAGCUCGACAGGCUAUACCUCGUUGCCUUAAAACAUGCCUUCCCAAUUCGCUCUCUGGGCUUCCCUAAAACAGUGAAAGCAGCGCUCAGAGAUGUUUUCGGCGUGCUCGCAUUGCUUCAGGAUCAUGUUUCGGCACUGACUAUCCAGUCCUUACUCAAUAUCCCUGUAGCCGACACACAGUCUAUAUUGCACCGCGCUGGAGCAGUCAUUUUCUCUGAUCCAGAGGACAAAAACGCGCCAAUCCGUCCACUACACGCAAGUUUUCCACAGUUUCUCAUCGACCCCGAUCGCUGUACCGACGGAGACUUCUGCGUUAGCCCUUCUGCCCAACACGGCCUACACUCCAACAUGACGUCUUGCGGCUGGACGACAUAA